AAAUAAUUAAAAUGUCAAAGACAGAUGCCAAAAAUCUGAAGGAAGAAAUUCAAAAAUUAUAUGAUCCAUUGUUAUUUUAUUAACAUGGAGAUAAUCCUGCAUAUAAAAGAUAUAUAGAAAUAAUGUAAGAAAAUGCAUAAGAGGGUAAAUAAAUAGAUCCAAGAACAUAUUUUGUAAAUAAAUUAUAGAGGUAAAUAUUUGAUAUUAAUGUUAUUAAGAAUUCAUGUAUCAAGAAAUAUUCAAGAUUUUGUUGAGAGAGAUUUGAAAUGCUUUAAUUUUGUGAGAAUCUUCCCAGUUUGGAUAUGCACUACUGGAUUCUUUUUAUAAGGUAUAUAUAGGAUGUGAUUAUAAAAAGCUGCCUUAACUUAGAGAUAAAUGUUUUUACCAAUUGGUUAAAGAGGUAUAACUAGUAUAAGAUAAACUUCAUUCUUUUAUAAGUAUGUGAUAUGAUGAUCACUAUCAUUAGUUUUGGAUAUGUUGGUUUAGCAGGAUAUGGAUUAUACUUAUUGGGAGCAUCUUAUCUUUGGUGGUAAGUAACAAAAAUGACUGCAGUUAAAUUUUAUAAACAUUGUUUACUUGGAGAGAGAUAAUGGUCAUAUGAGAGAGAAAGAUAAAAUAAUACUUAUGGUAAUUACUAUUUCAAAGAUGUUCCAUUGUCAUGUGAAGAGAACUUCCCAGAUUUGGCAAGAGGAGAAAUUGCAAAGAAAUAAAGACCUAAACCAGAAUGGUGAUAUCAAAAUAUACAUUCAUAAUUAUACAAAAAUAUUUAUUAUUGUC